UGUUCUUGAGCAACACGAGUUGAUUUAGAGAGGGAGGUGCACAGGAUUUAGAUUUUCCUUUUGCUUUGUUUGUUCUUGCAUUUUUUAUAUAGAAUCGGACUGUAUUGGAGAUUGGGUGUUGUUGUUGUUGGUGAUGGGGCAGCACUUGUUUGAUUUGAGGACGUUAUCUGCUCCGAAGAUAGCAUGCUCGGUGGGGAGAACUUGCUCAAAUGUGUUUCCGGGACAUCUGGGUGGUGUUAAAUUCACACGACAGUUCUGUUCUUGCAGAGUUAUUUUUCUGAAGGCUUCUUAUUCAAAUACAAGAACUUCAAACCAAGCUUUCAAUUCAGUUGACCAAGAAAAAUUUGCGGUGGCAAAUGGUUCAUGUCAGAUCUUUGGAGGAAAUGGGGUGUGCUCAAUUCCUUUUUCCAGAGAAACACGUGUACUGGAUGCCUUUGAAGAUGAAUAUGAAGGAAUUGUUGUUAAUUCAGAAAGAUUACCAUCUAAUUCACGUGCCUUUGCUUCUAUCCUGCAGUCUUCUCUUUCUCGGUGGAAACGAGAGGGAAAGAAGGGAGUUUGGCUCAAGUUACCCGUGGAACAAUCUGAGCUUGUUCCUAUUGCAGUGAAGCAAGGUUUCCAGUACCACCAUGCAGAGCGAGAAUACAUAAUGUUAACAUACUGGAUUCCUGGAGGACCUGGUCUGCUUCCUGCUAAUGCUUCACAUCAAGUGGGAGUUGGAGGAUUUGCUCUAAAUGACAAAAAUGAGGUCCUUGUUGUUCAAGAGAAGCAUUGUGCCCCAGAGUUUGUUGGCUCUUGGAAAUUACCAACAGGUUUCAUUCUUGAGUCAGAGGAGAUUUUUACUGGAGUAGUGAGAGAAGUCAAGGAGGAAACUGGUAUUGAUACACAAUUUGAGGAAGUGAUUGCUUUUAGACAUGCACACAAUGUGGCUUUCAGAAAAUCAGAUUUGUUCUUCAUAUGCAUGCUAAGACCGUUAUCAACUGAGAUCAAAGUAGAUGACCUUGAAAUUCAAGCUGCCAAGUGGAUGCCGCUGACUGAAUUUCUGAGGCAACCAAUCAUCCAAGGGGACAGUAUGUUCAAGAAAAUCAUUGAUAUCUGCAUUGCACGACUGAAGAAACGUUAUUGUGCAUUAGCUGCCCAUCAAGUGAUCUCAAAGUUUGAUGGAAAGUCAUCCUCCCUGUAUUACAAUGUUGUUGAGGCUACAGAUUUCAACUGUCUAGGUGGUUAAUAAUGUCAUUCUCCCUACUCCCUUGGGCCCUUUACGAUAUGUAUUUUUAUCUUUUUUAUCUCUAUUCAGCUUUAAGUCAGCCAUGGACUUAUAACCAAUACAUCAAAAAGUUGGGACCCGGCUGCAAGUAUGUGGGCUCAUUACACAGAGUAAUACCAUUAAUUCAGGUAUUACAGAUGAUGUAUCAUGUAUACUAUGUACACAUGACAUUUUCAUUGUAUAUAUAUCUUAGUUCUCUUAAUGUAAUUUACUGUGUAUGAGUGGAUGGAAAACAGAACAGAAUUGAGAUUUAUAUUUCAUUUCUUGGACAUUAAAUUUGGAAAUCUUCCUCCCAUUAAUCUUCAGUGUUAGUUGUAA